AUUUGAUUUUGACGUGUAACCUAUCGCUUUCCCUUUAUUUACUAAGAUUGAUUUUAUUUGUAUAAAUUAAUUCGAUAUGUCUGCCGGUCAAUGGGAAGUUGUCGGUAAGAGCAAGAAGUCUCAAAAUGGUAAGAUAAAGUCUAAGGAAGAUUCGAAAAAGGCUGUGAAAAACGGCCCGAAACUUGAAGAUGUCGGUAAGUUUUACCUUAUGUUAUUAUUUGAACAAAAAUACUUCGGUUACUUCGUUUCCAUCUAGUACAGUUUCGUUUAUUAUUGAGAAGCCUUCGUCCAAAACAAACUUUUCAGUUAAAAAUAUAGCAAAAGUUAUUUGAAUAAAGCAACCUAUUUUCAGUCAUGUAUUGGCCUAUUUCAAGAGUUGUAGUAAUUACCAGUACCCCACUCUCAAAUAAAGUCAUUUUAUGAGGGUAUGGAAAUUGAUGAUGACAAGAAACCUACCAAAGACAAAAAGAAGGAAGGAGAGAAGAAGCCAAAGAAGCAACAAGAUAAGAAGACAGAGCCUUCUAAACCUAAGCCUCCAAAAACAAUAGAAGGAGCUUUACAAGCUAUUGAGCUGGAAGAACUGACAACAAUAAUUGGAACUAAUAAAGUAAGAUUUUCCAAUGCUCCUCUAGUAUGGCUGAAGGAAGUUGCAAACUUUUUAAAUUCAAAGAUUCAAAUUGAAGUUGAGGACCCCACUUUUGCUACAAACCCCUCUGUUUAUCCACUCUGUGUUGUCCCUGAUGGACUAAGGAACUGUCUUGAAAAUGUUUUAAGAGAUGCUGGCAAGGCUAACACGCAAUUAUUUUUUGAUGUCACUCUCACUGCUUUAGCCAAUGAUAUGAGUAGAGGUCAACAAGUCAAUGGACACAGGAUUCUGCUCCAAAUGCUGGCUAAAGAGAAUCCCGAAUUCUGCAUAGCAUCAGUAGCAAAGAGUGCAAGUCUAAGAAACUCUUAUCAGAAUCGUCCACCUAUAGGUUUAAGUCUGCUGUGGGCAUUUGGGCAAGGUGGAUUAACUGACUUUUCUGUAGGUUUGAAAGCUUGGCAAGAACUAUUUUUACCAAUAGUAGAACUGAAGAAUUAUUCUAAAUACGUGAUAUUGUACAUAAGCAAGCUCUUGGAUAACCACAAGAGCAUGGAUAAUGUAAAGAUUAGUCAAGAUCAACUGUUUGCCAUGUUCGAUAUGGUAAACAACAAAAGGAAUAGUUUAUCGAAAGAUCUCUCAAGUGACCUUAUCAUGCAAUUAAGUAAAUAUAAGGAUAUAUUUUUUGCCCAAAGUGGCAAUAAGUUGCAAGUGCUGUUCAAUCAGAUAAUGAAGAAAUUGCCCAACCAAUAUCUUAGCGGUGGUGGUUUGGACCCAUACAACCGAGUGCUGGUGGACUGUCUCGUUGAUUGCCUGCAUAAAGACGACUCGUGCAAUGCCACUUGGAGACAACUGUUCCACAAAUGUAGCAAGCAGUCUGCAACAUUGCUUGAAUAUAUUGAUAACAACUGGGCCAAUGUAAGUCCAAAAUUAAAAUUGAAAUCAUUGAAAACAACUGUGACGCAGUUCAAGGAAGUGAGUGGUGAAGCUUUGAAGGGCAAAAAGAAAGAUGAAACUGUAGUCAAGACAAGCAAGAUAUGCCAGGAUAUUCUAGACAGAAUGACAAGUACUAGAAAGUUCCCAUGGCUGUGGGCCAGUUUCUUCCUGCUUCUGAGUAUCGCUGGACUGGUGGCAUAUGAUGUUUCCAGAGUCAAAGGAGAUUUCCCGAAAAGCACUACAGGGAAACUGUUCAAAGAUCUGGGCAUUCUAGAGCACAGCCAGAAAGCUUGGCAGAAAACACUCUCGACAUCUGCCCGUGGCUACAUUUGGCUGGAAACCAACGCUCCUGCCUACUAUGAACAAACCAGUGAAAUAUGCAAGCCAUACUUACAACUAUCCAAGGAUGUGUUCUUUAUUACUGUUAAGAAAGCUGGCAUUCUAUAUGGCAAUGUACAAGAAUAUGUCGCUGAAAAGACACCUGUUGUGGUAGCAACUGUAGAGCAGUAUGCACCAGGUCUUAUAGAUAAUGUGAAGAAUUAUGCAUCGGCAGGAUAUGGUGCUGUUAGAAAAUUCACCAUAGAAUAUUAUCAGUUCACAACUGAUUACUUGACAACUAAAGUGUUUGUAGGAGAAUGGGCCCCUGAAAUUCUGCAAAACAAAACGCAAACUGCACUCAACGUCACCAGAACCCACAUGUCAUCUUACUUCCACUGGUUCAGGGAACAAGUUCACUUAUACUCGGAAAUACCUUGAAGUAGAUAACCAUAAGUUUACUUCAUAUAUCUCUGUCAAGUUUACAUGUGGAGAAUCGAGCAAUCUAUUUUCAGCAGUGAAUAGGGAUUGCUUUUAAUGAAGUCAGUAAGAGAGCACAAAACAUACUUUUUAUAAUUUACAUUUCAUUCAUCCGGACAUGUUAUUAGUUUUAUAUUCAUUCUAGAAGCAAAACCUGAAGUAAAUACAUACUUAGUUUCAUCCCAGUUUUUAGUCUUAGCAAAACAAAUUAAUUUUAACCAAACAAGAAUUGGUCACUACAGAAAAAUAUUUACAAGAUACACAACAUUGUAGUGAACUUAAUUCAAAUAAUCAGUACAACAUAUUAUUAUAUUGUGUGAUAGUAAUUCUACACAUUAUUUGUCACAAUCGAAGCACAAAAAUGAUUGCACGAUUCUCCAUUUUGUGAUAUCUUAACAAAUUUAAUUUUGACCCCAUCAUCAAUAGUGAAUUAACAAGUACAACAAUAUCCUUGUUACUGCUACAAAUGAAUCUUAUAGUUUUAAAUAUUGUUGAUCAUAACGUAGUCUUAUAGUUGUCAUUGAUGCAAUAAUUUGGACCAUAUCAUCAUGAUCAUCAUUAAAUUAUUUUUCUGUACAUCAUCAUAAAAAUCAUUAGCUUUACUGAUUUCGAAAUUGCUUCAGUAUUCUAAAUUGUCA